AUGUCUGCUGUGAGCUUUCCCCACGGAAUACAGAUCUUCAUGCUACUCUACUACUCGAUAUGUUCUCUGCACUUGCCGCAUGCAACCUCGCUUUCCUUUAGCUUCAACUUUUCCCAGCCCGGUGGCUACGACGCCCAAAACUUCAGCUUCCAAGGCGACGCAUACUACGACUCCCAGUCUCAGACGAUCGAGCUGACGAAAGCCGGCGGGAGUCCAAACAUCCAGAACAGCGUAGGCCGGGCGUUGUAUGCGCAGCCCGUGCCGCUGUGGGAUGCCAUCACCGGAGAGCUGGCCCGGUUCACCACCUCCUUCACCUUCGAAAUCAAGGUAAACAGUGAACUCAGUGGCGAUGGCAUGACUUUCUUCCUUGGCCAUUACCCUCCGACGAGCAUUCCCGAUCCCCUCGACAAUGGCCGGAACCUCGGCCUCUUCAACAAAAGCGUCGGCACGGUGGCGACCGGCGACAACCGAGUCGUGGCGGUUGAGUUCGACACGUUCUUGAACGUUGAGUCCGACAACAGCGACAGCCACAUGGGCAUCGACGUCAACUCCAUCAUCUCCCGGGCGUACACCAACGUGGCCGUGCCUGGAAAGAACCUCACAUCGAACCUCCCAAUGACUUGCCACAUCAGCUACAGCAAUGACACAAAAAUCCUUGCUGCUGUUCUCCAGAUCGUCGACGUGACCUACCGUGUCAACACAAGUGUUGACCUGAGGCAGAUGCUGCCUAGUGUGGUGGCCAUUGGCUUCUCGGGUGCUACUGGCGUGGCUGUCGAGCAACACCAAAUAAUGUCCUGGUCAUUCAACUCCACCUUGGAUCCGUCGCCUCCACGGAGGAACCCCAAGAUUCCGUGGAAACUACUAGUAGAGGCAACCGGACCAGUUACCAUUUUUUUGGCGAUUGUGUGCAUCUUUGUCGGCGUCCGACGACGGCAACUAUGCACGAGAAAGAAGCAUUACAGAGCUCUCGCCAGAGGCCUUGAACAUUUUGAUUAUCAUAAGCUAGCACAUGCAACCAACAAAUUCUCACAGGAGAACAAGCUUGGGCAAGGAGGUUCCGCCUCUGUUUAUCAGGGCCAACUGACAAAUAGACAUGUGGCCAUAAAGAGAUUCAGGCCAGUAGCAUCCGGCGAAGGGAGGAAGGCGUUCGAGGACGAACUCAGGAUUGCCAGCGGCCUGAGGCACAAGCACCUAGUCGAAUUGAUAGGCUGGUGCUACGAUCGCAAGAGGAACCCGAUUGAGUUCAUAUGCUGGUGGUGGGACGACAAGUACACACGUCUCUUUCUUGUGUAUGAGCUUUUGCCACAAGGUAGCCUCGAUCAACACCUACACAGGGGCAAAAGUUGGUUACCAUGGUCCAAGAGGUAUGAGAUCAUCCUCGACCUAGGCUCUGCACUGCAAUACCUCCACGUAGAUUGUGAGCAAGGCCAACAAUGUAUCGUGCACGGUGAUAUCAAGUCUAGCAAUGUGCUCCUUGGGUCUUCAUACGGUGCGAAGUUGGGUGACUUCGGCUUGGCAAGGUUUGUUCACCAUGAAACUGGUUCACAGACCACAGAUGUUCUGCAAGGCACUUAUGGAUAUAUAGACCCUGUGUUCCUUGACACCUGCCAACGGAACAGGCAGUCAGACAUAUACAGUUUUGGCAUUGUCCUACUAGAGAUGGUCUCUGGAAGGGAUCCAACAAUGUGUCUCCAUGAUAGGCCUCCAUUGUCAUCAUGGGUAAGGAGUUCGUACCAUAGGAAUGACAUCCUGGACGCCGCAGAUGAGAGGCUGAUAAGCGGCGAGUCCAAUGUCGCGCGUCAACAGAUGGAGCACAUGUUACUCAUCGGGCUCUUGUGCGUGCAUCAGGACCCGAGCAUACGGCCGUCCAUCACCCACACCAUGGAAGCCCUGCGAUCGGAGGAGCUGACAUUGGACAUUGUUCCCCUAGCACCGGUGACACUCUCGCUGCCAUAG